AUAUUUUAUCUAGUCUCAAAUUUACGCACUUAUCAUUUUUCUACUCGAAAAUGUCUACGCAUAAGCAAUCAUAUUUUGUGAGUUCAACACCGAAUGGUCUUGAUGGAGCUCAAUAUCUUGCUGUAAAUCGUGAUGGAAGUGUUCUUUAUGGUCUUAAAGUUCGCAUCGUAUUGAGCAUAGUUGAAGCUCCGGAACAAGCUCCAGAAGUCAUCACUACAGCAACUGAAAAGUCUAUCUGCAAAUACCACGUGGCAUCCGGAAACACAAAAACGUUCCAACUUGACGACGAUAUUGAUCCGCUUCUUCUCGCUCGAAUUAUUGAAUUUUAUAUGAUUUCGGAUAAUAUUGUCGCGCUGAUUUCUUACGAUUCAGAGCAUUUUCAAGUUAUACAGACACUUAUUCAUCUGGAACAUUCGAAAGAAUGGGCUCAGACGAUUGUCGUGAGAAGAUUGACUAUUAGCAGAAUGUCUGGGCCCCCAUUAGUUAAUCUCAGCUUUCUGGAUAAAGGAAGAAUCUUAUUAUGUGGAGGUAGAGCAUCAGUGGAAGGUGUCAAAGAACGAAUGACAAUAAAUAUCGCUGCAAAUCCGUUAAAUUGUUUCACAAAACCUGAUGAGGAUCUGAGCUCACUGGCAAGAUAUAGAAGGAAAUCAUUCAGAAAACUUAGAUUAAAUUUUCAGAUGGAAGAUUUCAAUAAAUUCCUCACUUCUCGACCAUCAGAUGUUGAAGCUAAAUCUUUGAUUAGUCUGUUUCUACUGCAUCUCGAUGAAGAAAAGAUAUCAGUUCUACUUUCAGAAGUGUAUCCUGAUGAUCCUCAAAGUGAGCCCGUGUUUGCCACAAACGUUAUGGGAAUGAUUAAUCGAAAAGAUGGCACAUUUUCAGUUGAACAACUGGAUAAUUCUGCAUUAUCAAUUUGUGAGCCUCUCAUAGUGACUUCAAUUGUGAAUAUGAGAGCAAAACGUGGAAAUGUUUGGAUGACCUUCUCGGUUAGAGAUGUUGAAAAGCUGAACACUUUGUAUUGGAGAUUUAAGCAUUUUUAUGUUGGAGUUAUGCUGAGAUUAAUGGUUAUUGGAUUUCAAGGAAGUAUGUACUUGUGGAGAUUCGACAAUGGGUUCACAUUCCACUGUCUCACAAGAUUUUUUAUGUUUCUACACGGACCAACAAUGAUCCCUAUCUAUUCUCCGCAAAAACAAUUUCAUUUGUGUUAUCUUGAUAUCAAUCGUCGUCGAUUCUUCCGAUAUGAGCAUUCGGCUCGAGUUCUGAAAAGCAAGAUGGAUCCUAACGAAACGGAGUUUGCAAUGGGAUUUGAUGUAGAUUCUGAUGGUGGAGCUCUUGUACUUGAUCAUCCCACUGAAAAGAGCCGAGAGAUGGAAUUAAGCUAUUACCGAAAUCCUAUGAAACCUCAAUCAUUGGCACAGCUAGCAACUUAUUCAGCAUACAGGAACUUUCCAUCAUUCGAAAAGUCAAGUUUAUUGAGACGUUUGACCGGUGUUAUUGAUUGGAUGUGGAGCAUAUAAUAUCUGGAAACCCUCUACUAACCCUAUUUGAACUUUUAUCGAUGAGAACUUACAAUGAAUUUGCUGUAUUUC